AUGGAUGAACACUAUGAUUGUAUUGUCUUGGGAACAGGCUUGAAAGAAUGUAUCAUUUCUGGGUUACUUUCUGUUGAAGGCAAAAAGGUAUUGCAUAUGGAUAGAAAUGGAUAUUAUGGAGGUGAAUCAGCUUCACUUAAUUUGAAUCAAUUGUUUGAAAAGUUCCGUGCUGGUGCCAAACCACCACCAACUUUGGGAGCUUCUCGUGACUACAACAUUGAUCUUAUUCCAAAGUUUAUUCUCUCUUCUGGUUUGCUUGUCAAGAUGUUGUUGCACACCGAUGUCACCCGUUACCUAGACUUUAAGGUUGUUGAUGGUUCCUAUGUCUACCAAAAGCCAAAGAUCCAAAAGGUACCUGCUUCCGAUUCUGAAGCUCUCUCAUCGUCAUUGUUGGGUUUCUUUGAAAAAUUCUCUUGCAAGAAAUUCUUUAGUUUUGUCCAAAACUAUGAUGAGGAAGACCCCAAGACUCAUGAUGGUUUGAAUCUCAAAACUACCACAAUGAGAGCUGUCUUUGCCAAGUUUGGUCUCAAGGCUGAUCCAAUCGAUUUCAUUGGUCAUGCUUUGUGUCUUUACCUCAAUGAUGAAUAUUUAGAUAAGCCAGCUAUUGAAUCAUUCCAAAGAAUGAAGUUAUAUGUUGAUUCAUUGGCUAGAUACGGUAAAUCACCAUACAUUUACCCAAUGUACGGUUUGGGAGAGUUACCACAAGCAUUUGCCCGUUUGUCUGCCAUCUAUGGUGGUACCUAUAUGUUGAACAAGCCAAUCGAAAAGAUUGUAUCUGAAGAUGGUAAGAUCAAGGUCACCUCUGAAGGAGAGACUGUCACUGCCGACUAUGUUGUUGCCGAUCCAUCCUACUUCCCAGACAAGGUAAAGUUGACUGGUCGUGUUGUCCGUUCCAUCUGUAUCCUCAACGCCCCAGUACCAAACUCCAACAACAAUGAAUCAUGCCAAAUCAUCAUUCCACAAAAGCAAGUUGGUCGCAAGAGUGAUAUUUACAUUGGUGUCAUUUCAUCACCACACAUGGUUUGUGCCAAGGGCAAGUAUGUUGCUAUCGUUUCUACAAACGUUGAAACCAACGAACCAGAAAAGGAAUUACAAGCAGCCUAUGACUUGAUUGGUCCAAUCGUCGAAAAGUUUACUUCAGUCUCGGACUAUUUCGAACCAAUCGCCGAUGGUCGUCAAGACAAGACUUUCUUGUCCACCUCUUAUGAUGCUACUUCUCACUUUGAAACUACUUGUCUCGAUGUAAUGAACCUCUUUGAAAGAAUCCUUGGCAAGCCACUCGUCUUGACCAUUCAUCCAAACCUUCUCAAAGAACAACAACAACAACAACAACAAGAAGAAGGUCAACAAUAA